AUGGCUUUGAGACAGGAUCUGAGCUCUCUGUACGCUCAUAUACACAAAACAGCUCCGUCCCAUGUAUCGGAAGCAUUCAAGAGUUCCGACAGGGACAUGAAAGCAGCGUUCAAUCGCGAUAAGGCCGUCAAAGCUGGCGAUAAACUCCCAGACUUCGCAUUGCAUGAUGGUACGGGAAAGACUUGGAAGCGGGAAGACCUUCUCAACAAGAAUGGUCUACUGCUGUCGCUGAACAGAGGAGGCUGGUGUCCUUUCUGCAACAUCGAACUGCGCGGCUGGCAGAAAAUUUUACCUCAGCUUCACGAGAAAGGUGUCACGCUGGUGUCAAUCUCGCCGGACGCGCCAGAGGAGUCACUGUCUCGGCGAGAAAAGAUGGGCUUGGACUUCCUAGUGCUGUCAGACCCGGACAACGAAGUGGCGAGAAAACUUGGGUGCAUAUCGACUCAAUCGGAGGGCAUGAGGCCAUUCUUGGAAAGCCAGGAUACGGCUUGGAAGGACAAGUCGUUAGAUGUGCCUAUUCCAGCCACGAUUCUCGUGGAUGGCGAAGGUGUCGUCAGGGAGACAUUCGUGAAUCCGGAAUACCAUCACCGCCUUGAGCCGACCGAGGGUCUGAAGUGGAUUGAGAAGCUGCAGAAGCCAUAG